UCACCAUUGUCACCAUCAUCGACAGCAUCAUCGGACACAUCAUCAUCGUCAUCGUCAUCAUCAAUUUCAAAUUCGAUGACAACAAAAACGAAACCAACAUUUGAAACUGCACAAAAUGGCAACAUUUCCCGUGUAAACAUACCGAUUGUAUUCAAUAAAAAUCGUGGCCAUAUUUCAAUGUAUAGAUUUAUAAAUACCAAGGGUAAAAAAAUGAAUAAAGAAAAUGGAAUAAUGAAUGGCCACAAUAAUAAUGGUUAUAUGCGUAACAAUGUUCAUCAUCAUUAUUUUGAUAAUAGUAAUGACUAUGAUGGACUAGUGGCUACAGCAAGGCCACCAUCAUCAACAGCAGCAGCAAAAUAUGUGAUCAGUAAUCAUCAUUUCUACAAGAAACGUAUAUCGGCCAUUGAUAAGAUACAAGAAGAAUUACGUGAAAUGAAAUUAAGAGAAGACGAACUUAGAUGUCAACGUAUUCGUGUUGGUGUUUCAUAUCCAAAUCUAAAUUCAAUUUGUGACGAUGAUUUCACCAGUAGUGAUGAUCAAGCAAUUGAAUCAAGUGAAGAAAAUAAAGAUUCAUUCCAUAGCCGUUGUAGUAGUAAUCCGGAUUUAUUGAAUGUAAUGAAUGGUGGCAUGUCUUCAUCGCCAUCAUCAUCAUCAUCAUCAUCAUCAUAUACGAUUGCUAUUGUUGAUAUAGAGAACACUAUAUCAUCAACAACAACAUUGGCAUCGGAUACAUCUGAUUCGAUCAAUGAUUGUGGAUUGAAAAUUGGCGGACCACGUCGUAAAAUACCAUUGAUUGCAAUUUGGGAACAAAAAAUACAACAGAUUAAUGAAUGCCAAAAUGGUGAUACAUCAUCAACAGCAAAAACGACAACCAAUAAUGAUGUCAAAAAUGACAACAACGACAAGAUUAAUGGUUCAAAUUAAUAAUCGAUGCUAAUUUGAUUGAACAAAUCAAAAUCAAAUCAUUAUCAUUAACAAUCGAUUUAUAAUCAAUAUUUGAUAGCCUAAAGCCAUUGAUCAAUUUUUAAAUCUUAUCGUUCGCAAAUCGAAUAACUUGAAUAAUUGAACAAAAAAAAAAAUAUCUGUCUUAAACACUA